AUGCUGUCCUACAGCGUGCUGGACGCCAACGUGGUGGACGUGGAGAAGCGGAGGAACCCCUCGAAGCACUACGUCUAUAUCAUCAAUGUAACAUGGUCUGACCUGACUUCCCAGAUCAUCUACCGGAGAUACAGCAAGUUCUUUGACCUGCAGAUGCAGCUUCUGGACAAGUUCCCUAUUGAAGGAGGCCAGAAAGACCCCAAGCAAAGAAUCAUUCCUUUUCUACCAGGCAAGAUUCUGUUCCGGAGGAGCCAUGUCCGAGACGUAGCUGUGAAGAGGCUAAAGCCCAUCGACGAGUACUGCAGGGCACUGGUUCGGCUUCCUCCUCAUAUUUCCCAGUGCGAUGAAGUCUUCAGGUUUUUUGAGGCUCGCCCGGAAGACCUUAACCCUCCAAAAGAGUAAGUGCUGUGAUGGAUUUCCA